GUCCCUGCUCAGGCUCCAUGUCUACCGUGGACACAGCCCGGCUGGUCAGAGCUUUCGGUGCCCGGCGAGUCCAAAACCUGAAGACGAGCUCCGGCCUCAGGAGACUGUACAGCGCCAUCGACAAGCAGAAAGAAGGGAGGGAGCAGAGGAGAGGGGGGAGCAAAGAGCCGCCGCACAUCACACUGUCAGAGACUACAGGCACUGAUGAGUCCACAAUUGCUGCUGAUACUGCGUCUUCAACCAGCACCUACACCCUGCCGUCUCACCGCGGCCCCUCCAGGACCCUGGCAGCCAAAAAGGCCGUUAAGGUCGUGAGCAGAGGCACCCAGGCAGGUGACCUAGAGAUUGUCAGUAAUGGGACUCCACGACACACCAGAGAUGUUGGAACCACUUUCCCUUCCCCUGGUGAAGCCCGAACCUCUUCUUCUUCCAGCUUAGAUAGAGGAGGAGGAGGGAGGAGGAGUCCAAAACAGAGGAAGAGCAAGAGAAGCCCGCCAAAGAGCUACCCCGAAGGUGUCUCGUGGUUCAUCGCUGCUGACGACCUGAGGUCAGAGGAGAGGAAGGAAAACCGGCCAGAGGAGGAGGAGUGGAGGCCGAGCACCUCCUGGUUUGAACCGUACAGCAAAAUCCGUCCAUGGAGAGAACCGCUCCGACAGAGACAAAUCCACGAGGAGGGAAACAGACAUCGUGCUGAACCCGAUUUAGAGCCCAGAACCAAAACAAUAUCCUCUGGUCUGGCACGCAUCUCUCUCCAGGAGGCUCUGGUGAUGCGGCGUCCAGAGUUCAUCUCUCAGUCCAGGCGGAGGGUGAAGUGCCUGGCUCUGCAGGUGGAGGAGAGGAAGCGGCUGGAAGUCUUCAUCAGUGAGAGAGACGAUUACUUCAGGCGGACCGGAGCACCAGGGAGGCUGCAGAGGCCCGCAGGCUCCGCUCUGCUCAGGAGAGCUGUUCCCAGGAAGGAGAUGAUUCAGAGAUCCAAACAGAUUUAUGAGUCUCUUCCGGAGGUGCAGAGGAGGAGAGAGGAGGAAAGAAGACGAGUGGAGUAUCGAUCUUACCGGCUGAACGCUCAGCUCUACAACAAGAGAAUCACUAACCAUGUCCUGGGCAGAAGAACGGCGUGGCAGUGAUCCAAACCCUUUUUUACUGCAGAUAAAAUCAGUGAUAUGAACGUUUGUCACAGUUUGAACAUUGAAAACAAAACUACCUAACUUUUAUAUUUAUUCAAGACAUCAUUUUAUAGUUGACAUUAGGAAGAUUAUGUACAAAAGAGUAAGGAAACCCUUUCUCCUGCUAUGUCUUUGAUGAGAACAUAUUUUAAAGUGUCUUUUUUUGCAACAAAAUAAACCAGGUUAUUUGAAA